CGGAAGUGGCGCCGGGCGACCCCGGGAGCACGCCGUGCCUCUGCCGCGAGCGCCCGGGGCCGGCGGCGAGCCUCAGACCCUCGGGACCGGUCCGAGGCGCUAGGGCGUCUCCGGAAGGCUGGGAAGUGUGAUGGGCGGUGGAAGGCAGCGGGAGAGGUGCCCAUGGCGUCGGAGCGGCGCCAGGUCCAGGAGCACCGGAGCAGCUCUUCGGAAGGGUGUCCCCGCAAGCGCCGCUGCCUCCGGGAGCCCGGUGAUGUGGCCCCCUCCCGCCGGCCGGCCCGCAGCUCCGCGCCGCGCUCGCGCUCCCGGGGGGCCGGCAGCCCCGAGCGCCUGACAGCCGCGCCCGCCGGCGAUGCGGCCGGCGCGCCCCGCCGGCCCUGGAGCUCCGCGCGCCGCCGAAGUUCCUCGUCCUCCGGCUCCUCCCAGUCCUCGGGCCCGAGUGUGGGCGGGGCCGCCUCCCCGGGCGGCCUGAGUCGGAGCCCCCGCGGGUUCCCGUCGGCCUGGGGAGCCCCGCUGCCCGCCAGCCCCUCGCUAGAAGAAAUGGCUUCCCGCGAGGAGGAACCCUGCAGCCUUAAGAUUGAUUCCAAAGAUAGUUCUCGUAACUCCAUGAACUCUGAGUGUGCAGCUGAAGCUGAGAGUCAGAAUGAUAGUGUGGAGGACCCAGACAAGGUCCAGAAAAGAAGGAGGGACAGGCUUCGAGACCAGGGCUCCACAAUGAUCUACCUGAAGGCCAUCCAGGGCAUCCUGGGCAAGUCAAUGCCCAAGAGGAAGGGAGAGGCUACCACCACUAGGGUGAAGCCAAGCUCUGGAGAGCAUCCCAGCAGAGAAAGACCAGCCAGGAGCGUGGAAGGACCGGCCAGAGGCCUGGAAGGACCAGCCAAGAGCCUAAAAGGACCAUCCAGGAACCUGGAAGGACCAGCCAGAAGUGGGGAUGGACUGGCCAGGAACCUGGAAAGAUCAGCGAAGAGCCUAAAAGGACCAUCCAGGAACCUGGAAGGACUGGCCAGAAAUGAGGAUGGACUGGCCAGAAAUGGUGAUGGACCGGCCAGAAAUGGUGAUGGACUGGCCAGCAGAGGGGAAGGACCGGCCAGAAGCCUGGAAGGACUGGUCAGGAACAUUGAAGGACCGGCCAGGAGUGUCCCAGUCACUGCUCCUUCCAAAGAAGAGUCCUCUCCAGAGGUCAGGUCAGGAGAGGCGCGUGUGCUUGACAGCAGCGACUUUCCUGACAGUAGAGUGGUUGUAGACCCUGGGGAGCAACCGGCUGAGGAGCUGCUUGGUGACCAGACAACAAUCAUUGACAAACCCCUGGCACCUCUAGAAUUUCGUGAUGACUCUGACUCUCACGUAGAUACCCAAAAGCAGGAAGACAGGGAGGUGGUGCUUGAGCAUCCGUCUUCAGGAAGUGACUGGUCCGAUGUGGAUGAGCUGACCACCGUGAGAUUCUCUCAGGAGGAACCCCCUUCGGCCAGAUGCUCCUCAGCAGUUCCGGAACCUUCUUCCUUCCCCACGGACUACGUUAUGUACCCUCCUCAUCUGUACAGUAGCCCCUGGUGUGACUACGCCAGCUACUGGACCAGUGGCCCCAAGACGCCUGGGACUGCUGGCUACCCUUCCGUGGGCAGCGGCGGCCACGACGUGACACAGGCUGACAAGAGCCACGGGAGCGUGGGGCGUGCUGCUUCCCCAGGGAGCUCCCCGAGCGCCACCAGAGCCCCGCAGGACACCCACGAGGGCCACUCCCAGAACGCCCGUGGGCUUCGCUUCUCCAGAAGCUCGGAGGAAGGGGAGGUGAAGGAGAGAAGGACAUUCCGCGAGGAGACGCCCCCUCGGCCCUGUGGGGGACGACUCCCGUCUACUUCAGCUCCAAGGAGCCACCGGGAGCCGAGUCUGGAGGAGGGCUUCAUUGACACCCACUGCCACCUGGACAUGCUCUACUCCAAGCUGUCCUUCAGAGGGACCUUCACGAAGUUCCGGAAGACGUACAGCAGCUCCUUCCCCCGGGAGUUUCAGGGCUGCAUCUCUGACUUCUGCGACCCUCGGACGCUGACGGACGGCUUGUGGGAGGAGCUCCUGAAAGAGGACCUGGUGUGGGGGGCCUUUGGCUGCCACCCUCAUUUCGCGCGGUACUACAGUGAGAAUCAAGAGAGAAACAUUUUGCAAGCCUUAAGGCACCCCAAGGCGGUGGCUUUUGGGGAAAUGGGCCUGGAUUACUCCUACAAAUGUACCACGCCUGUCCCAGAGCAGCACAAGGUGUUUGAGAGACAGCUGCAGCUGGCUGUGUCUCUGAAGAAACCCCUGGUCAUCCAUUGCCGAGAAGCUGAUGAAGAUCUGCUGGACAUCAUGAAAAAAUUUGUGCCCUCUGACUACAAAAUCCAUAGGCACUGCUUCACCGGCAGCUACCCGGUCAUCGAGCCGCUGCUGAAGCACUUCCCUAACAUGUCCGUGGGCUUCACGGCCGUCCUCACCUACGCCUCUGCCUGGGAGGCCCGCGACGCUGUGAAGCGCAUCCCGCUGGAGAGGAUCAUUGUGGAGACGGAUGCCCCCUACUUCCUGCCCCGCCAGGUUCCCAGAAGCCUUUGCCAGUAUGCCCACCCAGGCCUGGCCUUGCACACGGUCCGGGAGAUCGCCAGGGUGAAGGAGAAGCCGCUGUCGCGCACGCUGGCCAUCCUGCGGGAGAACACCAGCCGCCUGUACAGUCUCUGAGCAGGCGUCCCAGCACGAGGCAUGGAGGCGCCGGGCGCACAAGCAGGCCUGCGCACGCCACAGCCACGACGCACGCCUGGGGCGGUGAGGCCGGUUCUGUGUCUGGCGAACCUGGCUCAGCACCUUCUCUUCUCUUCCAAACCCUCCAGGGCGACCAGCAGCUGACAGCGCGGGCUGGGUCGGAGGGCAAGGAUGCAUCGGGAGCCUGUCAGGACAGAGCCACAGGAGCCUCGCGCCAGGCUUCAGCGUUGCGCUGGUGGGUGGGUGUGCUAGCGUGGCCGUGGGAGGGGACACAGCUCCUGAAAAGCACCAGGUUUAGCCUGCUGGGCACAGCAGUCCAUCCAGGGCACCUGCCAACAAGGGUGCAGUGGAAGGGGAUGCCGAGUUGGCCAGACUGAACCCCUGCUCCAGCUGUGUGAGCGAGCGGUGUGAAUAAAGUCCCCUCUGCUGUGAUGAGCAUGCGUGACACGUCUGCCUCGGUUCUCAUGGGCACUCCUGGAGGGGACGCUGCAGGGAAGUCUGUCCCCCCAGCCCUGGCACGCUUCCCCAAUGUCCCUGCUGCUCGCUGUAGGCCAGCGGCAGAAGCCAGCACUGCCGGACGGGCGGGGUCAGCUGCUGGGCUUGUUGGCUUCCUGCUGUCAGUGUGCAGGCGCACGGGGCACUGGUGGUUCAGCGAGAGACAGGCUGUGUUCUGAGGAAGAGGCUUUCUUGUGGACCAAGUUCCCGGAGGAGGCAGCCCUGCUCACCGAGGCCCGCACUGUCUCAAACACUAGACAGAGCCCCCCGUUCAUCCGGUGUCACCAUCCCCGUGUGACCCUCCCAGGGUGGUGCCCGCCACGGCCCACAGGGUUGCUUAGCCAUACUGGUUCCCAUGCAGAGAUGAAGGCUGUUUCCUAGCCCCCUCGCUGUGCCCAGGGUGUUGGCGCGCCCCUCUCCGUGCGAGGCCCAGUGCUGUGUUGGUGUACUGCCCCCUGCAGGCCUGUGGCGGCGAGGCAGUGCGGGCACUGAAAGGAACAGCACUGGUCAGGGUAGGGUGGGGCGGCCAGCUACUGGCCAUCUGUGUGUGACGGCCUGCUGGUUCCAGUGCUGUAUGUUCCAGGGGCAGAUGCUUUGAUGUUCUAAAAUACCGUGCCCCCGAUCGAUUGUUCAUCGUGUCUGCCCCAUCUCCCGUGGGGCAGCUGGCAUGGUGCCUCAGUGAUGGCAGACUCGGGGCACUGCCGAGGGUGCGGUGCGCUUUAUUGCCACCCAGAUAGUCCGGAGUGUAGCCCCGUGAGGCCUGCCCACCCGCUGGUGAGGCCCGCGGCGCAGGCUGGCCAUAGCAGGGGUUGGUGACAUGCACAGCGUCCCCUCUGCUCUGCUCCCUCGGGUAUAGACCUGCAGUGUGCGCCAUCAGGAGGGGCAGCGCCCUGGGCUGGCUUUGGGUGGCUGGCCCGGCUGGCCUCGCUGUUUCUGAGGAACUUGUGGUCUGGGCUUCCUUGCUGGCUGCAUCUGUCCAUGGUCUCUGAGUGGCCCUGACCGGGCUGGUUGUCUUUAGCGAGGGAUCUAGGGCUCCUGUGUCAUCAGUGUCAGUCGUCAUCAAGUGCUAAUGCUGAGGGGAUUUUUCUGGAGGGGAGGGAAUCCUGGCUUGGCUUUGGGGCCCUGUGAAGUUUCCAGAAAGUAAUGUCCAGCCUGGCUGUACAGAGGGCACCCUCUGGGUUUUUCCUAAGUGAGCUGUUGUGUGUGUGUGUGUGGUGGCAGGCCUGGCCUUGCCCUCAGGGCCUGGACGCUGUCCUUGAGCUUUUGUGCUUAAGGCCAGCCCUCUCCUGCAUGCCAUGGCACUACUUCGGGCUUUUUUAGUAGCUGGUUGGAGACAGUCUCCUGGGCUUUCCUGCCUGAGCUGGAUUCGAACUGUGACCCUCAGAUGUCAGCCUCCUGACGUCAGGCGUGAGCCCCUGGCACCAGCCUGAGCACGCUUUUGUCCACACUAGAAGUGGAGUGCUCAUCUUGGGAUCUCCCUGCACCGAGCACAGGGCCCUCUCAUCAUGGCUGCUUACCACGGGCCAGCAGUGAGUCGAGGCCCGUCUCGGGGGCCCCUGCAGGUGGGGAGAUGUUUGGGACAUAGAGGUCAUCCGCCGAGGGCCCGGAUGGUAGCCACCUUGUCCACACAGGGCCCCAGCUUUGCCUGGCUUUGCUAGAAGGGGGCAGGUGGGGUGGCGGGGGAGGGGGGCAAGCUCAAGUCCCCUGGUUGCCCCGCCGGGCUGUGCUCGGGAGGCCCGCUGCUCCGAGGAGCCUGCACACCUGGCCUGCUGCGUCUCUCCCAUGACCAUAGCCAGGAUUGUUUUCUCCCCCACUUUUUAAACUGGCUUUUAAGUAAAAUGUGAACAUUUCCUCUUGGUGAAAUAAACUCCCACUUUGAA